GCCGCCGCCAUGUUCCGGAGCCUGCUGGUGGCGGCGGCGCAGCGGCCUCAGGCCCCGGGCGGGUCCCCGCGGCCGCCCCCCGGCCCCGGCCCCGCGGGCGAGGCGCUGGAGGCGCAGUUCAGCUGCCCCAUCUGCCUCGAGGUGUUCCACCGCGCCGUCGGCAUCGCGGGAUGCGGACACACCUUUUGUGGGGAGUGCCUGCAGCCCUGCCUGCAAGUGCCAUCCCCUCUGUGCCCGCUCUGCCGCAUGCCCUUCGAUCCCAAGAAGGUGGAGAAGGCUUCCAGUGUGGAGAAACAGCUUUCGUCCUACAAGGCUCCCUGCAGAGGCUGCAGCAAGAAGGUGACCCUCGCAAAGAUGCGCUCUCACAUCUCAUCCUGCACGAAGGUGCAGGAGCAGAUGGCCAACUGCCCCAAGUUCGUUCCGGUUGUCCCCACAUCCCAGCCUAUUCCCAGCAACAUUCCCAAUCGCUCGACGUUUGUGUGCCCGUACUGUGGGGCCCGGAACCUGGACCAGCAGGAGCUGGUGAAGCAUUGCAUGGAGAACCACCGCAACGACCCUAACAAAGUGGUGUGCCCGGUCUGCUCAGCCAUGCCUUGGGGGGACCCCAGCUACAAGAGCGCCAACUUCCUCCAGCACCUCCUUCACAGGCACAAGUUCUCCUAUGACACCUUCGUGGACUACAACAUUGACGAGGAGGCAGCGUUGCAGGCAGCCCUGGCACUGUCACUGUCCGAGAACUGAGGGUGACUGGGGAGCAUCGGACCCCCUUUUGCACACUCAGCCUUCCCACUGGGGAGGCACGGAGCUUAUCAAUCCCCUGGAGACCCGCUGCUGCUGCUCUUCCCUCUCCUCUCUGUGCACAUCCCACCUUGUUUAAGAAGGUGGAGUGUCCUUAUGUCGAGCUGGACCGGUGAGUGAGCAGAGACUUCAUGCAGGGAGGAGAGAGGAGUCGGCACCGGAGGGAUGGGACCGUUCCUCCAUUAGGCAUUUCAUACCCAUAUACAGAGUAUAUACCUGUGUCCAGAUCUAUUUAUUAUUAGAUGCUUUUUGGCACCGUUUGUCUUCAUGCUCUCUGUUGCAAUUGAAUAGGUACGUCAAACCUGGAUGCAUUUAAUGCAGAAAUGCCCUAAUUGGAACCUGCAAUCAUCCAUGUCCUUUGUGGAAAGGAAGAAAACGGCACGGAGCAUCCUUUGGGUUUUGAAACUCCACAAGGUUAUUGCCAGAGACAUCGAUCUGUCCCGUCCCCAGUGCUCCUUCCUAUGCUGCCCAGGCCAGGCUGAAUCCCAGGGCAGGACGGUUGUGCUCAUGCUGACAAUGGGUUCGGAGGAGUCCACAGCAAUGGCAUCCAGUGAAACUCUCACCUUUCCCAUUUUGUACCGGCUCUUGUGAUACUGAGUUCUUGCGUUUUUCUACAUGAAUCAGCGUGAUGCCUUUUCCACGUUUUAUAGAGCGGGAACAGAAGCUGUUAACUCUUCACACUGCAAUAUCCGACACUGAGGACAAGAGUAUUUUUAUGGAACAUUAUUAAGAAAGUCUAUUUUUAAAACAAAGAAUACCCCAAACACACAAA